CAAGAAAAGGAGAGAAAGUCAAGGAAAUAGUCAAAACCUCAAAACUGAACGUUAGGGUUUUUGGUGGUCGUUUCUCAGAGUUGGAGCAAAGAGGUUACGGAACAACUCCUUAGCCACCCUUUAUCGUCAUGGAAGAACAACACCCAGUGACAAAUUCGAAAAGUCGAAAAAACCAAGAUGGGAACAAAAGCCAGAAAAGCUCCAAGUCUCCAGGUCAGGCGAAAGAGCAUAAGGACCAACUGGAAAGACUUAGUGAGAAGGACCCAGAGUUCUAUGAUUUCUUAAAAGAGCAUGACCAGGAACUUCUACAAUUUAAUGAUGAGGACAUCGAUGAAGAUUCAGAUACUAACUUGAAAGAAGAUGAAACACCAGUAGAUGAUGAAAUACAAGUGGAUGAAGAGACUGGCCGUCAUGAUGUUGUACAAAAGAAAAAGAAACAAUCUAAACAAGUUAUAACUAGUGAAAUGGUUGAUUCCUGGUGCAACUCAAUUAGAGAAGAUGGGAAGUUGAGUGCUAUUCAUUCUCUAAUGAAAGCUUUCCGCACUGCCUGCCACUAUGGUGACGAUAAAGAGGAUGAGUCUAUGUUAGAUUUCAGUGUUAUGUCUAGCAGUGUCUUUAAUAAAGUGAUGUUAUUUGUACUUAAGGACAUGGAUGGAAUAAUCCGAAAAUUGUUGGAGCUCCCUGCUUUUGGUGGGAAGAAGGAGACCAUACUAGAUGUGAUGAACACAAAACGAUGGAAGAACUACAACCAUUUAGUGAAGUCAUAUCUUGGAAAUGCCUUACAUGUCUUGCGUCAAAUGACUGACACAGAAAUGAUAUCAUUUACUUUACGGCGUCUUCAAUACUCUUCCAUAUUUUUGGCUGCUUUUCCUGUUCUCUUAAGGAAGUACAUUAAGACUGCUGUAGACUUAUGGGGUUUAGGGGGAGGUUCCCUCCCUCUUGUCUCCCUUCUGUUUCUAAGAGAUUUGUGUGUUCGGCUUGGAUCCGAUUGCUUAGAUGAAUGCUUUAAGGGGAUAUACAAAGCCUAUGUCUUGAACUGCCAGUUUAUAACUGCAGCAAAAUUGCAACAUGUCCAAUUUCGUGCAAAUUGUGUAAUCGAACUCUACGGUGUAGACCUUCCCACUGCAUAUCAACAUGCCUUUGUUUUCAUUCGACAAUUAGCAAUGAUUUUGCGGGAAGCACUCAAUGCAAAAACUAAGGAAGCAUUCCGAAAGGUGUAUGAGUGGAAGUUCAUGAACUGCCUUGAGCUCUGGACUGGGGCCAUCUCUUCCUACGGCUCAGAAGCCGACUUUAGGCCCGUUGUGUAUCCCCUGGCCCAAAUAAUUUAUGGGGUAGCCCGUCUAGUUCCAACUGCUAGAUAUUUUCCCCUUAGAUUGAGGUGUGUUAGAAUGCUUAAUCGAAUUGCUGCUUCGACGGGUACUUUCACACCGGUUUCUAUGCUACUUUUGGACAUGCUUGAAAUGAAAGAACUGAAUAGGCCUGCCACGGGCGGUGUUGGCAAAGCUCUUGAUUUGCGUACGAUACUUAAGGUUAGCAAGCCAACACUGAAGACCAGAGCAUUUCAGGAGGCAUGUGUGCUAUCUGUUGUUGAUGAGCUUGCUGAGCAUUUGGCGCAGUGGAGCUAUUCUAUUGCUUUCCCUGAGUUGUCUUUUAUUCCAGCUGUACGAUUGCGCAGCUUCUGCAAAUCAACCAAGGUUGAGAGGUUCCGGAAAGCAAUGAGGGAGCUUAUUCGUCAGAUUGAGGCUAACUGUCAGUUUACAAAUGAAAGGCGUAUGUCAAUUUCUUUUCUACCAAAUGAUCCUGCAGCAGCAUCUUUCCUGGAGGAUGAGAAAAAGUCAGGGGUAAGCCCUCUAUCGAAGUACGUUUUAACUCUACGCCAAGUAGCACAACAAAGAAAUGAUUCGUUGUUUGAAUCCAGUGUUCUCGUGGGGGAGCAUUCAUCUGUAUUUGGAAGUAAAGUACGGGAAAGUGAUGAAGAAUAUGACCCCAAGGAUGAGGAAGGCACUACUGUCUUCAGUUCAUCCUGGUCCCGUUCUUCAUAGGCAAAACAACCCAAUGAUACGAAAAAGAAGAAAAGGAAGAGAAAGACUGAGCACCAGGACCAAGUAGCCAUGGAUGAAGAUAUUGUUCAGGACUUGGCGCUCAGUUCUGAUGAAGAAGAUGGGUCUUUAAGUGACACCUUCUCAGCUGAGGAAGAUGAAGAGAGGAAACCAGCGCCUUCAAAACUGGAAAGCAAGAAGCAUAAACACUCUACAAAUACAUCAAAGAAGAAUGUAAAAUCUCAAGCAAAAAGAUCAAAGAAGAGAAAGAAGGCUAAUGGAGAUAAAUCUCUUAAAGCAUAGGCCGAAUCGGAUGCAGUUAGGAAUGUGGGCAGGAGGCAAAUGGCGGAAAGUCAUCUGCGAGAGAGUUCCUACAUCUUCCUCCCACAGCAUGCUUCAAGGCAGCAACAAUGAAGUUACAGACAUCUUCCUCACCUAUGGAAAAAAAGGGAGAAAAAAAAACCAUAAGGGUUCAGAAAGCAUUUCAAAAAGACCAUUCGCACAGAGACCCAAGUAUCCAUUGUGAGGUCAGAUAGUCUAACCUUGUUUUGUCAAAUCCUUUUUCUUUCAACAGUAAUUAUGAUAAUUGUACUUUAAACAGCUCGUGCAGAGCGGUCUUCAUUCUGGCCCUUGAAAACCAUUUUUGUCAAUUCAUUUUGUUCAAUGUGAAGAGAUCCAUUUUGCGCUU